AUGACCUAGAGGCACCUGCACAUGCAGGUGGACGCCGCAGUCACUAGAGCCACCAUGAAUGAGGCGGCUGGUGGGGACGAGCUCGCAGAACUCUUCGGUCUGAUUCCGGACCUUCUGCAGGCGGCCAACGGGAGCGACAACGCUUCGCUGCCGCUCCCGGACUUCUGGUGGGAGCUGGGGCUAGAGUUGCCGGACGGCGCGGCUCCAGGGCAUCUCCCAGGCAGCGGCAGGGCAGAGGGGGCGGACCCCGAGGCCCGCGUGCGGAUCCUCAUCAGCGUGGUGUACUGGGUGGUUUGCGCGUUGGGGCUGGCGGGCAACCUGCUGGUUCUCUAUCUGAUGAAGAGCAAGCAGGGCUGGCGCAAGUCCUCCAUCAACCUCUUCGUCACCAACCUGGCGCUGACGGACUUUCAGUUCGUGCUCACCCUACCCUUCUGGGCGGUGGAGAACGCUCUCGACUUCAAAUGGCCCUUCGGUAAGGCCAUGUGUAAGAUCGUAUCCAUAGUGACGUCCAUGAACAUGUAUGCCAGCGUCUUCUUCCUCACCUCCAUGAGCGUGGCGCGCUACCACUCGGUGGCCUCGGCUCUUAAGAACCACCGGACCCGAGGUCAUGACCGGAGCGAGUGCUGCGGCCAGAGCCUAGGGGACAGCUGCUGCUUCUCGGCCAAGGCGCUGUGCGUGUUGAUCUGGGCCUUGGCCGCGCUGGCCUCGCUGCCCAAUGCCGUCUUCUCCACCACCGUCAAAGUGAUGGGUGAGGAGCUUUGCCUAGUGCGCUUCCCGGACAAGCUGCUGGGCGGCGACAGGCAGUUCUGGUUGGGCCUCUACAACUUGCAGAAGGUGCUGCUAGGCUUCGUGCUGCCGCUGGGCAUCAUCAGCCUGUGCUAUCUGUUGUUAGUACGCUUCAUCUCUGACCGCCGCGUGGCGGGGACCCCAGGAGGGGCCUCAGCAACAGGGGGAGGCCUGGCUGGAGCCAGCGCCCGGAGACGGUCCAAAGUCACCAAAUCAGUAACCAUCGUGGUCCUGUCCUUCUUCCUGUGUUGGCUGCCCAACCAGGCACUCACCACCUGGAGCAUCCUCAUCAAGUUCAACGCGGUACCGUUCAGCCAAGAGUAUUUCCUGUGCCAGGUAUACGUGUUCCCAGUGAGCGUGUGCCUGGCUCACUCCAACAGCUGCCUCAACCCCAUCCUCUACUGCCUCGUGCGCCGCGAGUUCCGCAAGGCGCUCAAGAGCUUGCUGUGGCGCAUCGCGUCGCCUUCGCUCACCAGCAUGCGCCCAUUCACUGCCACCACCAAGCCGGAGCCCGAGGAUCAGGGGCUGCAGGCCCUGGCGCCUCUCCAUCCCGCUGUAGAGCCAGACCUGAUCUACUACCCUCCUGGAGUGGUGGUCUACAGUGGGGGCCGCUACGACCCUCUGCCCAGCAGCUCCGCCUACUGACCUAGGCUGGGGCGGCCACCACAGAGGGGCCCUCCCGGAGCGCGAAAGAGAAGAGCGGAUUAGAGGAUGCUGGGGGCCACUAAAUCAAAAGGGAGACUGCCCUGGCGUGAACGUCUGACUUGCGAGGCUGCGCUGACAGCCUAGAAUUUGGGGAGCAAGGAACUUUUUCCGGGAGAAAGGAGUGACAAUCUCAGCCCCCAGGAGAACGCACCGAGAGAGGCACCUCCUAUAGGCCAUUGUGCCGUUUAUCAUCCCGGACAAGGCGGUGGGCACACGGGGAAUCCGCCCGUGCCUCUGCCCGACCUCCGCGCUCAAAUGUCAUCGGGGCAAAACACUUGUCUACAGCCAGCAAGAGCGAUUGGCUGGGGAGUGGUGUCUGCGCGGGAGGGAGCAGAUGCAGUGUGACUAGAGGGACUGAUAGGUCUCCUCAGGCUACUGACCCUAAAGGGAAAAAGGGUUCUCACUGCUCCCUUGGUAACUGAGCAGGAAGUGAGUGCACCGCGUGCUGGAAGCUUGGGCGUCCCAGUUCUCCUGAGAGCAGUGUGGGUGCCUGGAGACACCGCGGCCUCAGGUCUGUUCACUGCAGACAGUGAGCUGUGUCCAGAAGCAACUUGAAAAGGUGGGAGUGAGGACUCUGGAUAUUUAAACGUGUGUGUAUGAGAGAGAAAGAGAGAGAGAAUGAGAAUGCUCCAGCUCCCUUGCUCACCUGCCUCAUCCCAGUUGCUCGUCCAGUGUUCCAUUUGAACAGAGCUUCACUUGUAAUAAAGACCAUGCCCUGGGGUUUGCCAGAGGUGACUGCUUUUGAUUUUUUGGGGAUCCAGGUAAGAUGGCCCUGGGCUACAGGUCACCCUGCCAGCUCUCCCAACCAUUCAUUUCAAAAUCUUCAAACA